GAACUAUGGAUCAAUUACUAGAUUCUGCUUUCAAUAUGUUUGAAUUGCCGAAUUCAAUUAGUUGGUCUCCAACUUUAUUGUCAUCUGAAGGAUCAAAAGGAGAUGAAUUUAGAGGCUUUUCUCAACCAAAUAUUACAGUUGCUAUAUCUAGUCCUUUCUCAUUUCAUAAUCAUACGCUUACAGCUGCUGGUGCUGAUAAUGAUGAUCAUCCAAUUCAGAAGGCCAUUGAUUUCAAGCAACAAGAAUUUUACUACAAUGUUAAUAGCUCUGGCCUUUCUUCUUCUUCUAAUUCUUCUUGUUCUUCUCAGUCCUUGAAAAACAAGGAUGGUCUUAAUAAGAUGAUCACAGAUUCAAGUCUCAAACUCAAGAAGAAGAAGAAGAAGAUUAAGUAUGUUGAUGGAUUAGAUAAGGCAGAUAGAUCGAGGAAAAGAAUAAGAUGGACAAAGGAACUUCAUAGACAGUUUGUUCAAUGUGUAAAUGUUCUUGGUGGUGCAGAAAAUGCUACCCCUAAAGCAAUUCUUCUUAUGAUGGGUUCUGAUGGAUUGACUAUUUUACAUGUUAAGAGUCAUUUGCAGAAAUAUAGAACCACGAGAUCAAUGCAAGAUCCUGCACAAGGAAAAUCUGACAAGACCCAUAAGUUAUCUCAAAAGAUUAACCCAAAGAUAAGUAACCAAAUUAACCAGGCUUUGAAGAUGCACAUGGAUGUUCAAAAGAAGCUACAAGAUCAAUUGAAGAUUCAAAAAAAGCUAGAGUUGCAGAUUGAGGAACAAGGAAAACAGCUAAAACAGAUGUUAAUGCAGCAAUAUAUAUAA